CACAUAUUGGUGACUUUAAACAUAACCUUUCUAUUCAAAAUCGAAAAAUUUUCCCGUUGAAAAUGAAUAAUUAUAAAAUUGUUGGAAGGGCUGGAGAAGGGGCGCACGGGUUUGUUUUUAAAGGAAUCGAUGUAAGAACAGAAACUCUAACAGCAUUAAAGAAAAUAACCAUAAAUCCAAAUAAGGACAUUCCCAAACCCGUUAUGAGAGAAAUACUUGCUUUGCGCGUUUUAAAACAUCCAAAUAUAUUAAGCUUGCUAGAAGUCUUUACAGUGGGAAGUUCUGUAGUUUUAGUAAUGGAAUAUCUACCUAUGUCCUUGUACGAAAUUCUUAAGAACAAGGAGCUUACAUUGACGCUAGGACAAAUCAAAACUUAUCUUAAGAUGUUAUUAAGAGGAAUCAAUUAUAUGCACCACAAUCAUAUAAUGCAUAGGGACAUCAAACCGGCGAAUCUUUUAAUAAGCAAAAAAGGAAUUUUAAAGAUAGCUGACUUCGGUUUGGCGAGGAUCUACGAUCACGAAAAGCGCCGUUUGUAUUCGCAUCAAGUUGCAACGAGAUGGUAUAGGGCUCCUGAGUUAUUGUACGGAUCGAGAACGUACAACAUGGCUGUGGAUAUGUGGUCCGUGGGAUGUAUUUUAGCCGAAAUGAUAAUGAGGAAACCGCUUUUUCCUGGGGAAACGGACAUAGAACAGCUAGCAAUUGUAUUAGGAACUUUGGGUACACCGAAUAGUGAAACGUGGCCUGGUUUGACGCAAUUACCCGACUAUAAUAAAAUAGCUUUUACGCAUACAGAACCGAAGGAAUGGUCGGCGAUUUUAUCCGAAAUCGAUCCCGCGACUAUUAAAUUGAUAAGCAAGAUAUUGAUAUACGAUCAAAACAAAAGGAUGACGGCAAAGGAGGCAUUAAGAGACAAAUUCUUUCAAGAAAAACCGUUCCCUUGCAAACUGUCACAAAUGCCCAAGUUAGAAGAUUGGAAAUCAAACGAUUCAUUAAAUUUUACAGAAUUCGACAAAAUUUUCAAUUCCAUAAGCGACGAGAUUGGCUGCGGGGAUAUUAUCAAAAAAGAAAGACGUCGUGUAUAGUUUUCGUUUAACUGUGAAGUGUCAGUUAUUGGUUUUAGAAAAAUUUAUACACUUUUAUAUAUUUUAAUUAUACUAAAAAAAUUAUACUUUUUUUUUUCGUUAACAAAUUUAUAUUAUAACUAAACAAUUUAUUAAACAGAUUUUAAAUCCGU